AUAAAUCCGUCAUUGAUGUUAUCAUACACAUGAACUUUUUGACUUGUGAUGCAAUCACAUACAUUCACUCGGAGCCGUGGUGUUCCGAUUUAUAUGAAUGGAUCUGUGUCACAUCAAAGAUUAUACGAUCGGCUUUCAGAGCCAUCAACAUCUCGACAGCUUCCCAGAAGUAUUUCACUUGCUCCAACUGGACAUCAUCGUACCGGAUCUACACGAAUAGACAGAGAACAAGUUGAUACGUCCCUCCCUGUAACAUAUAUACCUCGAUUUCAUGACGAGUCAGCAGUUCGACGAAUGAAUUACCGACAGAUACCAGGAACCGACAUUCGAAUGUCAAAAAUUGGAUUCGGUGCUGCUGCAAUCGGAGGAAUGUUUGGAAAUGUAGAAGAUUCGAUAAUAAAAAUAGUGGAAACUGCCAUAAAACAAGGUAUCAAUUAUAUCGAUACAGGAUACUGGUACAGUCAGAGUCGGAGUGAAUCAAUAUUGGGAAAGGCUCUGUCAAAAAUUCCACGAAAAGCAUAUUAUAUAAGUACAAAAGUUGGGAGAUUCGAAUUGGACUACGCUCGGACAUUUGACUUUCGAGCUGAUAAAAUCCUGGAAUCUUUGACAAAUUCCCUAAAGCGACUUCAAUUGACAUAUAUUGACAUUUGCUAUGUUCAGAUCCAUGAUGCAGACUUUGCUCCGAAUGAAUCAAUUGUUCUAUAUGAAACUCUACAGGCUCUUGAAAUGGCAAAGUCAUCUGGAAAGAUUAGGCACAUUGGUCUGACGGGAUAUCCAUUGGGAAAACUUGUUCAACUUGUCGAUUGUUCGGCUACUAAAAUAGAUUUUGUGAUGACAUACUGCAAAGGGACAUUGAACAAUAAUGCUCUUGGACAAUUUACUGCUUGGUUUCAGACUCGAAAUAUUGCAGUAAUCAAUUCUGGAGCACUAUGUUGGGGUUUGCUCACAGAAAAGGGUCCACCGCCUUGGCAUCCAGCAAGUGAUGAAAUUAAAGAAGCUUGCUUAGCAGCCACUACUUACUGUUCAUCUAAGAAUAUAAGCAUAUCAAAACUAGCUCUAGACUAUGCUCUCAAUUUCCCGAACGUUAUUUGUUGUCUGGUUGGAAUGGAUAGUGUGCAACAAGUAUUAGACAACCUGGAAUUAUCCAACUUUUCACGAAUAACAGAUGUAGAGCAGAGAGUUCGAGAUCGGAUAAUGCGAAGGUAUCUAGACAGACUGGAAAAUGCCGGUUGGGAAGGCGUAGAUGUCGCUCAAUAUUGGAAAAAGUUGAAGAAGUUGGGAUUAACCGCGUUGGCAACUCAUCGUCAUUCAUCAGUUGAAAGUCUUGCAAGCACAUUGAACGGAUUUUCUUUAUAUUCUUCAAACUCGAGCUCCGAAUUAAGGACACCCAGGAGACGACGGCCGUUUUAGAACUAUCAUUUAUAUUUUUAAAUAAGCUCAUUGUAAUUUUCUUUUAAUCUUCGAAUUCACUUGGACAUUUAAUUUUCUUUUCCUUUCAAAACGACUGGUUUCAUUUCUAUAAAUCUUUUUAGUUAUUUUUUUUGUUAAGCCACCUGAGACUACGAUAUAUGAAUGGUUUCGUAUCAA